AUGUCGUCCUCGUCGUCAUCUUUUGACGAAAAAAAGAAUGGAGUUGGGCUUGUAGACCCUCAGGCAGCAGCACAAAAACCCACAGAAUAUGAACCGAUAAAGACAGAGCCUAGUGCAUACGAUCCGGAGGCAGAUCCUAAGAGGCGGCAAAGUUUAAUACGCCUCGAGAGCCACACCAGCGCAAUUUCAGAUUUCAGCGAUAGCGAUGGUGCGAGCACGAAAGCUUCGUUGCGGAAGAAGAAGUUCUACGAGAGGCUCAAUCCGCUCAAAUGGGGACCCAAACCUCUAAUUCCAGAAGAACGGGAGGUCUGUCCAGAACACAAGGCCAAUGUAUUCAGCCGGAUCACAUUCCAAUGGAUGCAGCCUUUGAUGGCUACAGGCUACAAGCGACCGCUUGAGAAGACCGAUAUCUGGGUUGUCAACCCAGACCGGAGUACGGAAGUAUUGAUUAAACGUCUGAACCUGGCCCUCGAGAAGCGGUUGAAAGAGGGUGGCGAUAAGCCGUUGCUGAUGGCCCUGUUCGACACAUUCAAACGCGAGUUCAUCGUUGGAGGUCUUUGUCAACUUUCGGCAUCCGUCAUUCAGGCCGUCGCGCCGUUUGUUCUGCGAUACUUGAUCAAUUUCGCGGUCAAAGCCUAUGUCGCUCAGCACAGUGACGCGCCGGCUCCAUCCAUCGGCGAAGGCAUAGGACUUGUCAUCGGAAUCACAGCAAUGCAGGCUCUACAGAGUCUGUUUACUAAUCAGUUCAUGUACCACGGAAUGAUGGUCGGUGGACAAGCGCGCGCUGUGCUAAUCGCAGCUAUCUUUGACAAGGCAAUGAAGCUGUCAGGCAGAGCAAAGGCAGGCGGCCAAGCAGUUCUGGAAGCCCCACCUCCAGAGGUCAAGCCCGGGAGCGAAGCAGAGAGGAAGUGGUAUCAAAAGAUUCUCAAAAAGAAGGAGGAAAAGGCCAAAAAGGGGCCUGAGGGUGUUGCUGGAGGUGGUGAAGGUUGGGGCAACGGUCGAAUCGUCAAUUUGAUGUCCACCGACACAUACCGUGUCGACCAGGCCAGCGGUUUCUUUCACAUGAUCUGGGCCGCACCCAUUGGUAUAUUGAUCACCACAGCUCUCCUUCUGGUCAAUUUGACAUACAGUGCGCUUCCUGGUCUCGGCCUGAUUAUAAUCGCAAUGCCGCUGCUCGCUCGAUCUGUCAAGUCUCUAUUCCACCGCCGUGUAGCCAUCAACAAGGCCACCGAUCAGCGUGUCAGUCUGACACAGGAAAUCUUGCAGGCGGUACGAUUCGUCAAGUUCUUCGGUUGGGAGACGAGUUUUCUUCAGCGCAUCCAAGAUAUCAGAAAGAAGGAGAUCCGCGGGAUCCAGGUCCUUCUCACUGUUCGAAAUGCCGUUCUCGCCGUUGGAAUGUCCAUGCCCGUCUUCGCCUCCAUGCUGUCGUUCAUCACGUUCUCCCAGGUCAACCCCUCUUUGGACCCGGCGAAGAUCUUCUCUUCGUUGGCGCUCUUCAACUCAAUGCGUCUCCCACUCAAUUUCUUGCCUCUUAUCAUCGGCCAAGUCAUCGAUGCAAAUGCAUCAGUAAAGCGAAUCCAGGAGUUCUUGAUGGCUGAAGAGGCCGAGGAUGGUGCCAAGUGGGACUACGAUGCCAAAGACGCUGUCGUAUUAAAGAAUGCGGACUUCACCUGGGAGCGUCAUCCCACAAAUGACGAAGCUAAGGGUGGCCCGAACACCAAAAAAGUUGGAAACGAAACCAAGGCAGAGACGAAGGCUAGGGUGCAGACAGAGAAGGACGUGCAAAUCGCGGAUCUGGAAAGAGCGAAAAACGCGGCCGAGGAGAAGCCGUUCGAGAUGAAGGGUGUCAACCUCACUUUCGGCAGAAACGAGCUCGUUGCUAUUAUUGGGAGUGUCGGUUCUGGCAAGAGUUCCUUGCUUGCUGCGCUCGCUGGUGACAUGCGCAAGACGAGUGGUGAAGUCGUUAUGGGCGCUUCCCGGGCUUUCUGCCCGCAGUAUGCUUGGAUCCAGAACGCUACUGUGCGCGAGAACAUUGUCUUCGGAAAGGACUUUAACCAGAAAUGGUACGACCAGGUCAUCGAUGCAUGUGCUCUGCGCCCGGAUCUGGACAUGCUUCCCGUGGGAGAUGCAACCGAGAUUGGAGAGCGUGGCAUCACAGUGUCUGGCGGUCAGAAGCAGCGCAUGAACAUUGCAAGAGCCAUCUACUUCAACGCUGAUAUUGUGCUUAUGGACGACCCCCUCAGCGCUGUUGACGCACACGUGGGUCGCCACAUCAUGGACAACGCUAUCUGCGGACUGCUCAAGGACAAGUGCCGUAUUCUGGCCACUCACCAGCUUCACGUUCUGAGCCGAUGCGACAGGAUUAUUUGGGUCGAUCAAGGAAAUAUCCAGGCAGUCGACACAUUCCCCAACCUCAUGGCACACAACGAAGGCUUCCAGGAGCUCAUGAAGAUGACCGCGUCAGAGGAGAAGCAGGAAGACGAGGAGGAAGUACUCGAGGACGAAGUCGAAGAUGAGAAGAAGAUGGCUAAAAAGGCAAAGAAGCAGAAGAAGGCUGCUGCACUCAUGCAAGUCGAAGAGCGUGCUACCAAGAACGUGUCGUGGGAUGUCUGGAUCCAGUAUAUCAAGGCUGGAGGUGGCAUUUGGGUCGGACCUCUCGUCUUCAUUUUGCUCGUCCUCUCGCAGGGUGCCAACAUCGUCACCAGCUUGUGGCUCUCAUACUGGACCUCCGACAAGUUCGGCUACAGCCAAGGCGUAUAUAUUGGAGCCUAUGCUGCUUUCGGCUUCAGUCAGGCGCUGCUCAUGUUCCUGUUUUCAUUGGCUCUUUCGAUUUUCGGUACCAAAGCUGGCAAGAAGAUGUUGCACAUGGCUAUCACCCGAGUCCUUCGAGCACCGAUGUCUUUCUUCGACACCACCCCUCUUGGUCGCAUCACCAACCGCUUCUCUAAGGAUAUCGACGUCAUAGACAACACGCUGACCGACGCCAUUCGUAUGUACUUCCUCACGCUUGCGAUGAUCAUCUCGGUAUUCAUCUUGAUCAUCGCCUACUAUUACUACUACGCCAUCGCUCUGGGACCGCUUUUCAUUCUCUUCAUGUUCUCGGCCGCUUUCUAUAGGUCCUCGGCCCGCGAGGUUAAGCGUCACGAAGCUGUUCUCCGCAGUACAGUGUUCGCACGCUUCGGCGAGGCUGUCAUGGGUACACCUACCAUCCGCGCCUAUGGCCUACAGAACCAGUUUUCACGUACCGUCCGCGAGGCGAUCGACGAUAUGAACAGUGCCUACUACCUUACAUUUGCUAAUCAACGCUGGCUCAGUGUUCGUCUGGAUGUCGUCGGUGUCUUGCUCGUCUUCACCACUGGUAUCCUCGUCGUCACGUCCAGAUUCAACGUCAAUCCUAGUAUCGCUGGUCUAGUCCUGUCUUAUAUCCUCGCUAUCGUCCAGAUGAUCCAGUUCACGGUUCGCCAGCUGGCUGAAGUAGAGAACAAUAUGAACUCUACCGAGCGCAUCUACCACUAUGGUACACAGCUCGAAGAGGAAGCCGCUCUCCACACCGAUGUGCAAGUCCGACCGACCUGGCCCGAGCAUGGUGAGAUUGUCUUCGAGAAUGUCGAGAUGCGCUACCGUGACGGUCUGCCAUUGGUGCUGAAGGGUCUGAGUAUGCAUGUCCGUGCUGGCGAGCGCAUUGGCGUCGUCGGUCGUACCGGAGCGGGUAAAAGUUCGAUCAUGUCUGCUCUGUUCCGUCUCCAGGAGCUGGCGGGUGGUUCGAUUACUAUCGACGGGUUGGAUAUCAGCAAGAUUGGGCUGCAGAAUCUGCGAUCAAACUUGGCCAUCAUCCCACAGGAUCCUACCUUGUUCAAGGGAACCAUUCGAAGCAACCUUGACCCCUUCCACAAGAAGACUGAUCUUGAGCUGUGGUCCGCCCUGCGUCAGGCCGAUCUGGUUUCGAACGAUGCAGAGAUGGGCGACAAAACUGGACGCAUUCAUCUUGACUCUGUUGUAGAAGAGGAAGGACUAAACUUCUCUCUAGGACAGCGUCAACUGCUUGCCCUAGCUCGCGCACUCGUCCGCGGAUCGCAGAUCAUUGUCUGUGACGAAGCAACCUCAAGUGUCGACUUCGAGACAGAUCAGAAGAUUCAGAAAACGAUUGUGGACGGCUUCGCGGGCAAGACCCUGCUCUGUAUCGCGCAUCGUCUCAAGACCAUCAUCAGCUACGACCGCAUCUGUGUCAUGGACCAGGGUCAGAUUACCGAACUCGACACCCCCAUCAACCUAUACGAUCAGGGUGGUAUUUUCAAGGGCAUGUGCGAGCGCAGUGGGAUCCGGAGGGACGACUUCUUCGGGAAGCACUAG